UUUGUAAAUUGCCAUCGCUAGUUGACAGCUGUUGUUUGAGAAAAGCAGGCUUUUAUCUUUUUCUGUUUAAACUAAAGAGGGAUUAUUUGUUUUUCUUACAAUUCCGGCUGUGAUCGGGUUUUUCAGGAGUUUCAAACAACAAAAAAUUCUUCUAGACAAUAACGGCUAUGUUGGCGAGAGCGCUUGGUCGGACUUUCAUUCAGGGCCUGCAAACCUCAACGAUACGUUCCAUUCAUGCUACAGCUACUCUUAACACUGAUCCUGGCGCGCAUGGAGGAAAUCGUACAACAUGUACGCUUAUUCCGGGUGAUGGUGUAGGUCCAGAGUUGGUGCAGUGCUUACAAGAAGUUUUUAAGUCUGCCGAUGUACCCGUGGACUUCGAAUGUUACUUCCUCUCCGAAGUAAACCCUGUAUUGAGUGCGAAAUUAGAGGAUGUUAUUGCUUCAAUUCGCAAGAAUAAGGUUUGCAUUAAGGGGGUUCUAGCUACGCCUGAUUAUAGUAACGUUGGUGAAUUGCAAUCAUUGAAUAUGAAGCUGCGGAAUGAAUUGGAUUUGUACGCUAACGUCGUGCACGCGCGCAGUCUACCUGGCGUUAAAACACGUUAUCAGGAUAUUGAUAUUGUGGUUAUACGAGAACAAACAGAAGGCGAAUAUUCUGCAUUAGAACAUGAAUCGGUACCAGGCAUUGUGGAGUGCUUAAAAAUUAUUACUGCCAAGAAAUCUACGCGUAUUGCGAAAUUUGCAUUUGAUUAUGCCAUCAAAAAUAGCCGCAAAAAGGUCACUUCGGUGCAUAAAGCCAAUAUAAUGAAAUUAGGUGACGGUUUGUUUUUAAAAUCAUGUGAGGAUAUGGCAAAAUUGUAUCCCCGUAUAGAAUUUCAAAAAAUGAUUGUGGACAAUACCACCAUGCAGAUUGUUUCACAUCCACAUCAGUUUGAUGUAUUAGUUACGCCCAAUUUAUAUGGUUCGAUUAUAGACAAUUUGUUCGCGGGUAUUGUAGGUGGAGCUGGUCUUGUUGCCGGUGCAUCAUACUCACCGGAUACUGUUGUUUUCGAACCGGGCGCUCGUCACACCUUCUCUGAAGCUGUUGGCAAGAAUGUGGCAAAUCCUACUGCUAUGUUCUUCUGCGGUACGAAGCUUUUACGUCAUAUUAAUUUGCCCACUUACAGUGAAAUGAUAACUAAUGCGAUCAUUCGUGUUUUAUCGGAGGGUAAAGUCAGAACUAAAGAUUUAGGCGGCUAUGCCACUACUCAAGAAUUCACACGAGCUGUUAUUGCUAACAUUCAUUAAAUUCGGGAUAAACACUUCCUGACCAUGAGUUAGAUGCCAACAAUUAUUUUAAUACUGAUUGUAAAUGCCUCACAUAAAUAAUUGAUAUUUUUGGCAUUCUUUUAUUUUUAUAUAUAUGUAUAACUGUUUUUAUUUUAUAUUUCUGUAUAUCUUGAUAUCCACUUCUGAGUAUUAAUUUGAUGAAUAUUUUUAAUUACUUCCUUUGUUUAAUAUUAAAAUGUUUUAUUUUUUUUUUUUUUCAUUUUAUUGAAGCUCUACUGUCCUAUUUUGUGUUUCCUUCAACGUAUUGUAUUGUAUCUUAUGCCCUCCUUCGUUUUAGUAAACACGUCUAUAUAGCAUCUGUAUAUUUUAGCGUCUUUCUAAUUAUUAAUUAAAGAAAAUUGUAAAAAAAAUGUACGUAAAAUUCAUUGCAAUAAAUUGAUCCAUGCAAAUUUUCAGUCUCUAAGAGAAGAAAUUGCAAUUAAGCGCAAUAAAUGAGCAAUAAAUAUUACUUACAUAAAUUAAUACGAAA